UUCGGUUCGAGUACAAAUGAUGUAAUCUUGUAAUAGUAUUUGUCUUUUGUUAGAUUAUCUAUUAUUACAGUGAUGGAUUCCCUGUUGAGGGUAUUUUCAAGAGUCACGAAAAGGCAAAGAAAUUUACUAGCAGUGAGCAGAGUCGUAACUGAGGCACCAAAGUCAGCAAGAAUGUGUAUUAGGGAGUCACACACCAGGUCUCUACUGACAUCAAAGAAUAAACUGUUCUUACACAAGUCUCCAUAUUGUAAAGUUUGUCACACUGUUGGGUCAUCAUUAAAAAGUCACACCUGUGGUGAACUUCGUGUACACCAUGUUGGGCAGGAAGUCACGCUCCGGGGAUAUCUUCAGUUCCAGCGGAUGGGGAAAUUUGCUGUUCUCCGUGAUGCAUUUGGGAAGACACAAGUGCUUAUUAAAGAUGAGGAUGUCAAUCUUGUCAAGCUACUCAGUGACACAACAUUUGAGUCAUAUGUGGAGGUGAAGGGGCUUGUGUGUCACAGACCUGAGGAUCAACAUAAUAGUGAAAUGGCCACAGGAAAGAUUGAAGUCCUUGCACACAGCUACCAAGUCCUGAGUAGGGCACGGCAUGAUCUUCCAUUUCUGAUACGUGAUUUUAACAAGCCUAAAGAGCAGUUGCGUUUAAAAUAUAGAUAUCUUGAUCUACGUCAUGCUGAGCUGCAGAAGAAUCUUAGAUUAAAAUCUCAGGUAGCAAAAAAAAUGAGAGAUUACCUACAAGAUAAAGAGGCAUUUGUUGAGCUUACCACACCAACUCUCUCUGUCAACACACCUGGGGGAGCUCAAGAGUUUGUGGUGCCCAGUAGGCUUCGUGGAAAAUUUUAUUCACUGGUUCAGAGUCCACAGACAUAUAAGCAGUUAGCCAUGAUUGGAGGAUUUGACAAGUAUUUCCAGUUUGCUGUCUGUUACAGAGAUGAAGGAGGCAAACCUGACAGACAACCAGAAUUUAUGCAGGUGGAUCUGGAGAUGGCAAAUGUGACCAUGAGUGAAGUAAAGUGCUUGAUAGAGAACCUCCUGGUAUAUUCAUGGCCCUCAAAUCUUCCUGCUAUCCAUGCUCCAUUCCCUGUCUUAACAUACACGGAGGCCAUGAACACUUAUGGAGUUGAUAAACCAGACACCAGAUUUGAAUGGAAGUUACAAGAUGUUACACAUCUUCUUGAAAAUUGUGGAGCCAGUGUGUUAGAAAAGGCUGUAACGUCACCUGGGACCACUGCUCGUGCCUUCAUCAUUCCUGGUGGACAGUCACAAAUUAGUAAGAAGAUGAUUACAUCCUGGGAAAAUCUGGCUAAAAGGGAACACAAUCUUCCUGGAGUGUCAGUAUUCUACACUCUGGAAGAUCUCACUCUGAAGGGAAACAUUGCAAAGAAAAUGAAUCCUGCCAGCCAAAAGGAAUUAACCAAAACUCUUAGGGCCCAGAUGGAAGAUGUCUUGGUCUUAUCAGUGGGCCCAACUAAUAAAGUGCUGGGGUUACUUGGUAAAUUACGUUUACUGGCAGCCAAGGUCAUGGAGGAGAGUGGUGUUGCAGUCAGGAAUCAAGAGCAUUUCAACUUCCUGUGGGUGAUAGACUUUCCGCUAUUUGAGCUUGAUGAUGAUACAGGGAGAAUUUUAUCUGUCCAUCAUCCCUUUACACUACCCAUAGAAGAGGAUAGUCACUACUUGUACACAGACCCUCUUAAGGCAAGAUCCCAGCAUUAUGAUCUAGUGCUGAAUGGAUGUGAGGUUGGUGGAGGAUCCAUACGAAUUCACAACCCAGCGAUGCAACGCUACGUUUUACAAAAUAUUAUGGAUAUUGAUCCAGCAAGUCUUGGGUUUUUCACUGAAGCCUUGGAGUUUGGGGCUCCACCUCAUGGGGGUAUUGCCUUGGGUUUUGACAGGCUGAUUGCCGAGAUGUGUGGAGCCAAUAGCAUACGUGACGUUAUUGCAUUUCCCAAAUCUAUGGAGGGUCGCUGUUUGAUGUCGGGUGCUCCAGGAGACAUCACCCACGAAGAACAACAGCGCUACCAUAUAUCUAUUGCUCAGGAUGAUGGUAAAGACAACCCUGAAAACUCUUGAGGUUUUAUCCGUACUGUAAUGUGAAGGUUUUAUUACAUACAGUUGUAACCGACUGAAUUGUGAAGUUAGAUUCCUAUGCCCCUCUUGAUACAGAUGGUCUUUCUCCAGAUAUUUAACAGUUAUAUGGGAAAAAUUUAGUAAGUUCAGCAACAGUUUAUCUCCAUGUUUUUUUAUUUUUAUUUUAUUUUAUUUAUUUUCAUUUAUUUAUUUAUUUAUUUUAUUUUAUUUUUUCUAUUAAACAAGACAGAAAAUGUUCUCAGGGUCAGCAGCAUGACCUCAGUUGCAUCUAGACUUGCUACCUGGUACUCGUGUUGAGUCCAUGGUCUCACCUUCCUGACAGAUCUUAUCACAUAAAUAUUUUGAAAAUUCAUGUGUUAUGCAAUUUAAAACAUCUAUGGUAUACAGAACAAAUUUAAGAUUAUUUAAAGUGUUGCUUGCUGUAAAUUUUAUUUCCCACCUAAAUGGGCAAGCGAAUGAAACAUUUUUACGUAUUAUAAAAAGUAAAGUUAAAUACUUGAUGGAAUAUUGUACAUAACUUCACAUUAGUUUGUAAGUAAUAAAUAAAAUACAUUGGUUUAAUUCCAAGUCUACCCA